AUGGCGACACCCACCAAAACAGUCCAGGUCCCUCUUCACAUCUAUACCUGGGGCGGCAGAACCGAGGUUGUGAAAGCAUUUGCCUUCUUUCCUGAUGGAAACCGCGUAGUGACCGCAGGACACGACGAUACUUCAACGCGGGUAUGGGACCUAGGUAACGGACAGGAAGAUGGCGGGCGCCUUUUGGGAGGGCAUUCUGCUCCGACGCUGAGUGUCGCCAUUUCCAAGCGGAGCGAGAUAACAGGUGGCCUAGACGGAAAGGUGCUUCUAUGGAACACAGAAACGCGCGCGGUGUCCAGAAUACUGCACCCAGGGUUGCCGGGGAUCCAGAUCUUGUGUGUAGCGUUCGGCCCCACUACUUCUCCCCAGCUUGUCGCAUCCAGCGGUUCAGACGGCGUCAUCAGGGUCUGGAAGCUUGGCCCCGACGAAUACUCGGAGCCCAUCAAACGAUUAGUUAUCCCAAACAAGCCGACGGUUUUUUCUAUCGCAUUUGCCCCUGGGUCACCUGGCGUCAACCACAUCGCCGUCGCAUCGAUCGACAAGAAGGUGCGGAUCUAUGAUGUGCACAGUGGGAUAGGCGAGCUACCAUUGGCCACAUUUGGGGCACACACCGCGUAUGCGCCGUCGCUCGCCUGGUUCCCUACAGGACAACAAUUAGCGUGUGCGGGGGACAAGGCGGUGCGCAUCUGGGACACGCGGAUCAGGGAGCAGGAGAUGAGCCCGAGGAUGCUAGGGGGGCACAGCAGGCUCGUGAAGACCGUUGCAGUCUCCCCAGAUGGGAGGUUCAUAGCGAGCGGGUCCAAUGACGGGACGCUGAGGUUGUGGAAUGCGGUAACUGGAGUUCAGAUCGGGUCGCCGAUUGUACAUCCUGCCUCUGCGGGUGUCGACGUCGUGGCUUUUUCUCCGGAUGGGAGCGUACUACUUAGUAUCGCCAAGAACGCAGGCUAUUUGUGGGAUAUGGCCUACCUCGAAGUAGAAGAAGGGCUUCAGUUUGUGAAGAGAGUGACGGAUGACCUCGUCGUGUCGUCAGCGGAACAGCAACGGGAGAUGCGGGAGACGUUCGAGAAUGAGCUAGACGAAAUUCGUCGAACGCACGAACAAGAACUCGCUGGUCUGCGACGGGAGCUGGGGCGAAUCAAGACACAGGAAGAGGAAAGAUUCCGCGCAUUCCAAAUCGCCCAUAAUGAAAUAAUGAAAACGCAGGAAGAGAAGUUCCACGCUUUGGAGAAGGUCCUGCACGACGCGAAGCAUGCGCAGGAAAUCCAAGUUGGCAAGGAAAGGGAAGCUUGGGAGGCCGAGUUCAAGACCGUGCGCUCCGGGCUCCGAGGAGCAGUUCAAGGGUACGAGAAAGGCUUCAAGGGGCUGGAGGAGGCGCAGAAGACCCAAGAGAAAGAGUUGAAGGAGCUGCAGGGUGCCCAUAAACGCGGAGAGGACACGCAAGAGAAGCAAUUCCAGGAGCUGAAGAAAGGCUUGCAAGACCUUUUUGCAUUAAUGCCGUUGGCCCUUCAUUUCAUGACCGACACUCGUUCACGCAAGAAGUCUCGUAAGGACCCUCAAAAGACGCAGGCUGUCGAACGAGAGGGAAACAGCGCUUCGAAACCCUCGUCUUCUUCUUUCUCAACGACAUUCGUUUGGCUAGUUGGCCUUAUUGCUGUAGCGACAUAUUGUUAUCUGAAUCCUAAAUUCGUCCAAGACUUGCUGGACGAUUGGAUAGGUUUCUCUGAGCACUAUGACGGAGCACCUGUAAUACAGCAGUCUUACGGCGAACGAUUACCCUCAGAUGUCGCAAGACGUGAUGCUGUUGUAGCUGCUUUCAAGCACUCAUGGCAUGCAUACGAGCAAAACGCGAUGGGCGCAGACGAAUACCAUCCCAUAAGCCAACAGGGAUCGAAUUUAACCGAGACAGGAGGGAUUGGCUACAUGAUUGUCGACGUGAUCGACACCCUGCAAUUGAUGGGGCUGCAGGAGGAGUACUCUCGGGCCCGGAGAUGGGUGGAUGAGAAGCUGAGUUUCGACCGUGACGACCGGUUCAGCACGUUCGAGACUACAAUCAGAGUACUCGGCGGCCUUCUCUCCGCGUACCACCUAUCCGGCCAGGACCCGCUUUACCUUGAGAAGGCGAUCGACCUCGCUGACAGAAUGCUUCCCGCCUUCGACACGCCGUCCGGUCUGCCGCAUCCCAUCAUCAAUCUUGCACAAAGGUCUGGGCAGGAACAAGAAGAGUUUCCCGGCUUGGUGAGCGUUGCAGAGGUCGCCACUCUCCAGCUCGAGUUCCGCUACCUGAGCCAUCUGACCGGGAAAGACGAGUAUUGGCGAGCGGCUGAAAAGGUUAUGGAAGUGGUGAAGCGUGCACGCCUUCCUCAUGGGCUUGCUUCUGUUUUCAUGAGCGUCGAUGAAGGCCAUUAUAUCACCUCCGUCAUUCGCCUCGGCUCACGAGGAGACUCUUUCUACGAGUACCUUCUGAAACAAUAUCUCCAAACUAAUAAAUCAGAGUUUGUCUAUCGUGAUAUGUACGAAGACGCUAUGGACGCAAUACACCAGUAUCUCAUCCAAGAGAGCAUGGGCACCAAAAUGACCUACACCUCCGAACUCGUGCCAGAAAACGGAGAGAACGAAGAAAUCUCAUGGCGACUGACCCCGAAGCAAGACCAUUUGGUAUGCUUCUUGGGUGGCUCGUUGAUGCUUGGGGCGACACGCACAGGUGCCCUCACAAGCCCAGUUUCCAUCCCACCCCGCCCCGAAGAACUCUCGGACAGGGGGAAACGGGAUUGGAAGACCGGCGUCGAACUCAUUAGGACGUGCAUGCAUACACAUGAUACCGCGACCGGACUAUCUCCAGAGACGAUAUAUUUCAGAGUUCCGAGCGACGGGAUGGACGUGUUGCCCAAUGCACCGCCAGACUGGUAUAUCAAGGGAGCAGCCGUUGGCGAAUUCCCGCCAUACGACGCGCGAUACAUGCUCCGCCCCGAGACGGUCGAAUCGCUCUUCAUCGCCUACCGCCUGACAGGCGACGAUGUCUACCGUGACCACGGCUGGCGCAUUUUCCAAGCUAUCGAGAAACAUUGCCAUGUAGAGAGCGGAGGGUACGCGACGGUGGUCAACGUAGACGAGAACCCAGCGCGCCUGGAGGACAAAAUGGAGACAUUCUUCUUGAGCGAGACAUUGAAGUACUUGUAUCUGCUCUUCGAUGGCUCGGAUACGAUCCCACUAAAUCAAUACGUCUUCAAUACGGAGGUGCGUGGACUGCACGUUGUCUUCCAACGCGCUGAGGCUUAUGAAGGUGCAGGCCCAUCCUCUGCCCAUCUUCCAGUCAACCAUCCAGACAGGAUUUACGUAGUACGCCCUCUGAUGUCCGAGGCCAAUGUCACCUUCAUUUAUACUAAAUCACCAAAGGGAUCUCUGAUGAGUGGACGCAUGCAUCAUAAUAGCAUAUGA